GAAUUUCUUUUCUCAAGUAUCCAAUUCCUCUCAAGUCCCGCACCGUCUCUCUCAAAAUGUUGGCUUUCGGUGCUAUACAAAUUUAACCUUUUGGGAUCCAACUCAAUUCACAGCCAACUUAAAAAUCCAGCACAAUGUUAAUGCUGGUAAACUGUUCAAACUGCCACACGCCAUUGCAGCUUCCACCUGGGGCGCAGUCAAUCCGCUGUGCUAUUUGCCAUGCUGUCACGCGCAUCAACAAUAACUCCUCCUACAACACUCACCACCAACACCAACAGUACCCUCCUCCGCCGGUUGUUACUCCCUCGCCUUACAACCAUGUGACGUCGUUCAAGACUCCCAACGCCCACGGCCGUAAGAGAGCCUUGAUAAUCGGCGUGUGUUAUAAGUACUCAAGGCACGAGCUCAAGGGUUGCAUUAAUGACGCUAAGUGUAUGAAGUACUUGUUGAUUAACCGCUUUAAGUUCCCCGACUCCUCAAUUCUCAUGCUCACCGAAGAAGAAAGUGAUCCCUACAAGCGUCCUACCAAAUAUAACAUGAGAAUGGCAUUGUACUGGCUUGUGCAAGGCUGUCAACCCGGAGAUUCACUGGUGUUCCAUUAUUCUGGUCAUGGUUCACAGCAAAGGAACUACACUGGUGACGAGGUUGAUGGAUACGAUGAAACUCUUUGUCCAGUGGAUUUUGAAACCCAGGGACUGAUUGUGGAUAAUGAGAUCAAUGCAACUAUAGUUAAGCCCCUUCCUCGUGGCGCCAAGCUCCAUGCAAUCAUAGAUUCUUGUCAUAGUGGAACCGUGCUAGAUUUACCAUUUUUCUGUAGAAUGGACAGACACGGGAAGUAUGUAUGGGAGGACCAUCGCCCUCGAUCUGGAAUGUGGAAAGGCACAAGUGGCGGAGAGGCUAUUUCCUUUAGUGCAGGCUGCGAUAAUUAUCAAACAUCUGCUGAUACUACGGCUCUGUCGAAGAUCACAUCAACAGGGGCAAUGACUUUCUCUUUCAUCCAAGCCAUUGAGCGUGGACAUGGAAGUACCUAUGGGAAAAUUCUAAACGCGAUGCGCUCUACUAUUCGUAAUGCAGACACUGAGUUUAGUGGCGGUCUUACUCUUGUACCAUCUCUAAUCAACAUGCUUUUAACAGGAGGGAGUGUAAGCAGAUUAACACAGGAGCCUCAGUUGACAGCUAAUGAACCAUUCGAUGUGUAUACAAAGCCUUUCUCCCUAUAAAUUAAGUAGUAAAGAAAUAAUUAAUUCCUCAAGCUUAUGUUUUAUGUUUCAAGCCCCGGAAAUAAUGUUUAGUGUUAUCAACAAAAAUUACUUAUCAAAUUCUGUCUGAUAAUAAUGUCUCUUUUGCUGUUAGAUCAGCAGGAUACAUAUUGUUUUGUAUUUGGCUCAUUUCCUGAUAUAUUUUUCCUUCCAAACAGUUUUGAUUCUUCUACU